ACGUGCACAGAAUGUUUUGUAUGACUUAGAAAUCAAGAAUUACGCACACACACAUCCAACUCUCUCCACAGUGAUCCUCCUAACAUGCUCCUCUGCUCCCAGCACGGAGGGAAAGUCUAUAUUUAUCUUCUGCAGCUUUUAGGAGUUCCAGCAGUACAUUUAACUCUCCUCGGUUUCCGCGCGCGUCUCCGGGCGCGCGGGAGCCUCGGCGCUUGUAUGGGAAUGUAAAGCUGUGAGUCACUGAUCUGUGCGCCGGGACGCUCCCCUCACACCUCCUACUUGAGAGUGUGGCAGCAGAGCUGUUACCUAGAUACAAGCCGGAGUCUGCUGUGAUGCUGCGGCGCUGAGAGCAUCACUCAGCCCGGCAGCAGACGGAGGGAGAGGCGGGGGGCGCGCGAUGCGUCUGCGGAGCACCCCCAAACCCUCCGGAACCACGCAGGAGACCGCGCGCAAAGGUGAGGAGGAGAAGGAGGAGGAAGACUUUCCCAUUGGAAGCUGCGUUUGAAUCCUAUUAGUUUUUUUAUUUUUCCCAGAAGAAUGGAGGGAAAGCUGGAGGUUUUCAUCCAUGCAGACCAGAUGGGUGCGAGCUGAAGGAGCAGAAGGACAAAGCAGCAGGAAGCUCACAUCCACGGGCGACUUCUCGCCUCCCGGUGUGGAGAUGUCGGCCGAGACGUGGGAGAACGACAGCUCGGCCGGCCCUUCGCCCGCUCUCUCUCUGGCCCUGCUCCUUUACAACGAAAGCGAUGUGAACGAGACGCUCUUCAACUCCACCAACUCCACCUUCCCAGAAUUUUUCUCGGGCCCCAGCGUGGCGGGAGUCCUCAUCCCACUCAUCUACAUCUUUGUUUGUGUGAUCGGUCUGGGUGGAAACACUCUGGUCAUUCAUAUUGUGUUGCAUUACUCCAAGAUCGAGUCGGUGACCAACAUCUACAUCCUGAAUUUGGCCAUCGCCGACGAGCUCUUCAUGCUGGGGCUGCCCUUCCUUGCCGUGCAGAACACCCUGCAGUCGUGGCCGUUCGGCUCCUUCAUGUGCCGACUGGUGAUGACGGUCGACUCCAUCAACCAGUUCACCAGCAUCUUCUGCCUGACCGUGAUGAGCAUCGACCGCUACCUGGCUGUGGUGCACCCCAUUCGCUCCUCCAAGUGGAGGCGCCCCCAGGUGGCUAAAGUGGUGAACGGGACGGUGUGGGCGCUGUCCUUUCUGGUUGUUCUGCCGGUGGUGAUCUUUGCUAACAUCCAGAAGGCAGGAGGAACCUGCAACAUCUCCUGGCCUCAGCCUGCCAACAUCUGGAGGGCCGCUUUCAUCAUCUACACCUCCACCGUGGGGUUUUUCUGCCCCCUCCUCAUCAUCUGCCUCUGCUACCUGCUCAUUGUCUUCAAGAUCCGUAGCUCCGGCAAAAAAGUCCACGCCACCUCCACCAAGAGACGGAAGUCUGAGCGGAAGGUGACCCGGAUGGUUGUGAUCGUGGUGGCCGUGUUCGUCUUCUGCUGGCUGCCGUUCUACGCCCUGAACAUCAUCAACCUGCUGGUGCUGCUGCCCUCAGAAUACCAAGGCCUUUACUACUUCGUGGUGGUGCUCGGCUACGCCAACAGCUGCGCCAACCCCAUCGUUUACGGCUUCCUGUCCGACAACUUCAAGAGGGGUUUCCGUAAAGCCCUGUGCCGCUCCACCAGGAGGGUGGAGAACCACGAGCCGGCGGAGCACCAGCAGCAGGAGGAAGGGCGGAGGGCGCUCAUGCCCAGGGAGAGCCUGCGGCGAGCCAUCAGGGACGAAGAGGACGAGGACGAGGAGGACGUGUCUGAGAUGACUGAGAUCUACAGAAUCACCCAGAACGGAAACGGAAGCUUCCAGCCGCCGAGCUCUCAGGCGCUGUUCGCCGAGAAGGGAGCGACGCCGGGGGCAACCGAGCUGUCCUCCCCCAACGAGAACGCUGGAGACGCCAAAGGGAAGGAGCCCGUCAGCGGGUCAGCGCUCACGGCUCCUCUGCUCCUCAACGGAGCCAAAAACGGGAACGCCAAAAAUCUGCCCGAGGAAAAUCCGGAGCAGAGCACCUCGCUGGAGAUCAGUUAUUUAUAGAGAAAAUGAUGGACAAGUUAGCCCCUCCUCUUUUAACCUUUGAUGAUGUUCAUUAAAAUAAGUUGUUUUUGUGGUUCCUGAUUAUAAAUAAAAAAAAAAGGGAAAUGAGGGAAGCAUUAACUUAACAGUAUUAAAUCUUUUCAUAUUCUUUA